AUGCGGUGCUUUAUCGGUAAUAUGUCCAGGAUUACAAUGGAUAUUACAAGAGGAAGCCUAGAUGAAAUUUCAAGGCCAUCUUCUAGCUCAAGAAUUAAUCAUAGAAGCAAAGUUUUAAGUGCAUCCCUAGAGAUUUUAACACCAGAGGCAGGCAUUCCUAAGGUUGACUGUUCCCUUGAUCUUUGCCAUAAUCCCACAGAAGAUGAUUCAAAAGAAAAUGAUGAUGAACAUGAUGAAUAUGAAUUAAAAAAACCAAAUGCUUCAGGUGGAAUAUCUGAAGGAAAAAUGGACAGUACUUUGCAGCAGUUGAUACAGACUACAACUCAGGUGAAAGGGCCAGCAGAUUCUGAAGAUGACUGUGCAGAAAGCAAGGGUUCCAGUUGCAGCAAUGUUCCUCAGGAUGAACAAGCUGAAUUACAAACUGUUAACCUGGAAGACUCUAAAGAGAGCAAUGUAGACCGUCUCAUCCAACAAGCCAUAGAGAAGAUGAAAAGGUUAGACCAGAUAUUGGCAAGCAAACUGUCUCACGAAAAGGCAAUUAAAAAACAAGGGAAAGAGAUGAGAACAAAACUGUGGGAAGAACUUCAGUCCAUGACAUUUCGAAGUUCCUCAGUGAAUGCUGAAGAGGUUGAAAACACCAACAGGUUUUUAGCUUUGGCCUCUGAAACAUCUGAGCCUGCUCCUAUUGAUGAAGAUGAAAUGUUUAUUGGUGUAUUUCAUACACAGAUUAAUUCAGAAAAUUAUGAAUACAGAGGAAGACCAGUCAAGCAAGGUUGUUUAAAUGCAGAGAGAACAAGAAGCUCAAUAAAUAAAACAGAAAAUGUGCAUCAGAAAACUGAAACAAGUUCUAAAAAACCUCGUAAUUUUAUUAAAAAGAACAUAGAGUUGGUUAAGGAGUUUGGGAACCAAGUGGUUAUGCUGGAGGAAGAGAAGAAGAGGCUAUCAGAAUUACUGAAAGAUACUGAAGAUGAGAACAGGGAAAUUAUGCAAGUUAUUGAGGGAGAAGCAACUGGAUGGUUAGUACCAGGUGAAGGGUACACUCCUGAACCAAUGGAAUAUCAUUAUCUCACAGAACUCGAGGCUAAACUCAAAGUAAUAAUCUCGGAUGGAGAUUUUUCUGCUAUUCAAAGCUCCCUUUCUAAAGUCCCCAAUCUGAUUUAUCAGGAGUCUCUGGCUUAUGCGAAUAGAAAGCUGGAAACUGUUCCAGGUGAAAAGGUUUUAAGAGACACAAAAGAUGGGCGUAAUCAGCAAAACCGGCUCAAAGAGAUUGAUCAGCAGCUGAAAAACCUGGAGAGGAUUCUCGAUGUACAGCCUACUGUCUCAAAAGAGCAGCUUAAUGCUCUUCUGGAAGAAUAUAUGCAGUCUCAAAGAACAAUAACCAGACUUGCCCCGCCAACAUCUGAGGGAACAUUUUUUGAUGGAAGGAGCCCUGGUUUUGAUCAGUCUGAAAACUCUACUCAAGACCCCAGGAAUGGCCCAUUAGAUGACACUCAUGAUGUGGGAAUGUUGGGAAAGCAAGAAUUGGUUGAAACUAUGGAUAAAAAUAAUGGUUCUAAGGAAACAAUAGAAACCGCUAACUGUAAUGACAGCAAGGCAUUGGUUGAGUCUCACUUGUCAGAGGAACCUAUGACUGAGAAAAAGGAAAAUGAUGACCAAGUAGUCCAGCAGGAGAUGCUGUGUACUAGUAAUUCUGCAGGGUACUUCAUGUCAAUAGCCCUCAGCACAGACAAGCCGAAAAAGCCCUCUUUUCUUGAUGAAUCUUUUUAUUGUACCAGCAUGAACAAUGAGUUAUCCACAGAUGUCAACAUUCCUAACAUACCAUUGAAAACCAGAGGAGGUGAGGUUCUUAAUAAACCUGUGGAAUAAGCUUUUGAUUAUGAUUUUAAAAACCGAAGCGGGCUCUCGCCAAAGGUAUGUACUAACGUAUUAUGAUUACACUGGUAGGGCAAAAAGUUCUUUCAUAAGGCAUAAAACUAUGCCAGAAAUAACACAAAAAUUCAAAAUGUUUCUGACAUUCUUGAACUGACAUAAAUAGCUGAGAGAUUAGUUCUCUUAGGAAAAGCACUAAAAUAAUGAUUUAUUAUGUCUGCCAACACUAAAGUUGGAUAUACAUAUAAAUUAUCUCUUUAACAAUAGGCAAACAAUG